GUGUGUAACAGUGUGUUACAAUCGGCACGCAAAUGUUUCCACUCUAAUCAUGGCAGUGAGUAGACCGUAAAGCUUAAUCAACAUCAUCUACCAACAACAACACCAACCAAACCGAAAUAUCAACAGUCAAAUGAAACUUUUUUUGUCCUUCACUCAGUUUGCACUUUUUGUCUUAAACCAAAACUUUUACAUUGACCAUCAAAUAGACUAACUGUUAAGGGUGCAAAUCGACAAAUCGCAGCUUCAAUUUCAAAUAUUUGUAAACAUUUGCAAUGCCAACAUGUAACUGUGAUAAGUGAAAGUUUGAAAAAGUGUUUUUUGAAAUGUAAAAGUUGAAAUUAUGAGUCUAUUUUUACUAAGCAGUACCAAUGGACAUCGUUAGAUUUAUAUUUAUUCAUUAUCGACACAUCGAUUUGAAUGAUUGUGUUGAGUGAAGUGAAAUUAACAAUUGACAUCCAUUUGGAUUUACAAAACUAAAAAGUUCAAAAAAUCGGAAUAAUUCGCUUUGUGUCAAUUUUGUGUGUUAACCCAUUGUCUUGCCAAUCAAUCAUCAUUAUAAACAUCAUCAGAGUUGGCAUCGAAAUGGUGAUCAUCUGACAUGAUAUGACACCAUAUUAACCUUUCAACCUAACAGAGCCACUUACAGCCAUCAAACUAUCUCACAAUUAGCGUCUCUUACAUGUUACUCAAUCAAACCCUCAAAAUUCCUGGAAAUCUGGUUAAGCCGUAAGCUAUGAAUAUUUCAACCUAAAAGUGUCACUCUUCCCGAUUAAAUUUACUUACCAUUUGGGUCUUUUAUCCGUAAAAAAAGUCUCAUCUUUACUCAACAUCUAUGUGACUUUGGCUAGACCAUAAGUCAUGAAUAUUUCAUUCUAAGCAAGUCUAACCUUUACCCAUCAAAUGUAAUCUCAGUGAGACCCUUCCAUACGCAACAUUUGUCACAGCUUGAAACAAAAAACUUUCAUCUAAAGCUUCACCAAGAAAAUCAUUAAUCAAGAUGAAUCUUGCCUCAUCUUGGGACCAUUUCCUUUUAAUUUUGGGCAAUCCUGGUCGCUAUCAGAUUUUGAUUGCAUUUUUACUCUGUUUUCUUCAAAUACCUUGUACUCUUGUCUCUUCCCUAUGGAAAUUUUACUCAUCCAGUCCUCCCCAUCGGUGUUUCAUUCCUCCCGCUCUGCGCUCCGGUGGACUCAGUGCCAAUGAAUGGAUACCUCAGGUUACCGAUCCUUUUGGUGGAACAAUGUAUUCCUCAUGUGAAAUGUACCUUGAUCCAUACAACACGAAAAAGGGUACAACUCAGUGUCUACAUGGGUACGAGUACAAACCCUUUUUAGGUGAACAACACAACAUAAUCAUGGAAUGGAAUCUAGUUUGUUCAUCCAAAGAGUUACCUCUUUUAAUCUACUAUUCAUUCAAUUUAGCAACCAUUGCCGGAGCCAUUGGAUUAUCAUUGAUCGCCGAUAAAUUCGGACGUCGACCAAUCUUAUUGUUAACUUUUUAUUUAUUUGUUCCCAUUGUUUUCAUAAUUCAUUUUGUUCAAGACUUUCAACUUUUCACCAUUCUAUUUUCACUGCAAGCAUUUUUCACCUCGGGUGUCCAAAUCUGUUCAUAUGUUUUGCUCAUUGAAAUGAUGCCAAAAAUGUACCAAUUUAAAGCUUCCCUCAUGACUGGAGUUGCCAUUGUCACCGGCUACAUGAUUCUGCCCAUGAUUGUUUGGGGAAUUGAGUCUUGGAGAUAUGUUCAGCUAGCUGUUUCCGUUCCCGGAAUUGUUCUUAUCGGAAGUAUUUGGGUUUUACCUGAAUCACCUUUAUGGACAUUAACGCAAGGUCGAAGUUUGGAAGCUGAAAGUUUAUUCCAACAAUUGGGUAAACGCAAUGGUAAACCUCUUCCAUCCAAUUUAAGGGAUUACCUGGAAGCAGCAGCAAACUAUUUUAUAAACAACAACAAUCACAAUAAUCAUGUUAACAGUUAUUCUCGGAAUAACAUUCACAAAUGUAAUAAUAUUAAUGAUACCAAUGAUAAUAAUAAUGGUAAUGGUUAUGGUCAAAGUAAAGGUAAUAACGUGUCUUUGACAAGGAAAGUUACACCAAUUACAGAUGAACAUAAACCUGAAACGUUAGACUUUCAGGUCAAGUUGGGUUCAUCAGUCAGACGUAAACUGGUUUCACCUUGGCUUCGAUGGUGUUUAGCCUCCAAUUUGUACCUUUCAUUUGUCACUCACCUAACAAUGGACGUUCUUGAUUCCCAAAUAUUCCAAUUCCAUGAGACUAAAUAUGCAGACUACUUUUAUCGUGGACUCAUGGAUCUCGGUCUAAUAACGAUAAUUUAUUUUCUAGUGGCCAGAUUCGGUUCUCGUGGUCUUCAAUCGUCACUCUUCAUCUUACCUGGUUUCUUGAUGAUCAUUGCAAUCUCAUUUCAAGAAUCUUUGCCAAUUCUCACGGAAUAUGAUUGGUUUGAUUUCCGUUUACUUUUGGUUCCAUCAACAUGUUUUCGUGGAUCUGAAGCUUUGAUAAAAAUUUUACCAACAUUCAUCUGGUUUCACUCAAUGAAAACUUUACCAACAGAAAUCAGAGCUUCAGGAUUUUCACUUAUUUAUUCAGCUGGAAUCAUUGGUAAACUUGCAGCGCCCAAUUUAUCAAUUCUGGGUGAAACCAUGGACAACUCAAUUCCGAUUGGACUGUGUGGACUUUUGUGCCUAAUUGCAGGAGGAUUGUCAUUUUUAUUUCCCAAAGAGUGCGAGACAGUAUCACUGGUAGGUCCACCUUUGGUUACACCUAGACUGGUACCCACCAUUAGUGAACCCAUGUUGGUGAACCUUAAUCGGUCACCAAUCAAGUCUCAAAACAGUCUUUCAUCAUACAUGGAUGGUUCAUCAUCAUCUUUACCUUCAUCGGCAGCAGCAGUAGCAGCAGCAUCAGCAGCUACUCACUGCAAAGGGACAUACAGUCAACCUCCAGGAUCGAGUGUCUCGAUUAAUCCCAAGAGUCGCAUGUCUUAUGAUGAUAUUGAUACUGCUACUGUGACUGUCAUGGGUGAUGCUUUGCCUUCAAUCACGGCUCAUCACUUGCAUCAACAUCAUAAAAAUGAUUUUGGUCCACACUUGGAGACAUUGAAUGCCGAUCAGGCUGGCCGAGGAUCGCGACCUUCAACCUUGUACAAUACUGACCUCGAGUCAAAUUUAUCUGACUUAGAAGACCUUUUUGGUUUUGAUAACUGGCAUUUAUCAUCGACGUCAAAUUUUGGUCAAACCCGUUCAAACAAUACUCUUAGCUACUUAUCUUUUUGUAAUAGACGAAAUUUAUCCUAUGAACGAUCUCGAGCAACGGAAAGUCUAACUCUUACACUUCCCAAUGCUGAUCCCAAUUCACUGUUUACACUCUGAAAAUUGUUUCAAUAAAUUACAAAA